GCGCCCCCAGGUUUUGGCCGUGAACUCUGGAGAGAGGAAGCUGGAAGCAGCAGGGCCCAGAGGCAGAAGGGCUCGCAGACCCCGGGAACAGGGCACUCAGAGUUCCGGGUGGGCAGCAGGACAGGCUGCCACGGGGACCAGGAGCCACCUCUGAACUCUUACAGGACCGAGACGUGCAGCUGUCCAAGGCCCUGUCCUAUGCCCUGCGCCACGGGGCCCUGAAGCUGGGGCUGCCCAUGGGGGCCGGCGGCUUCGUGCCCCUGGGCGCCCUCCUGCAGCUGCCCCAGUUCCGCAGCUUCUCAGUGGAAGAUGUGCAGCGUGUGGUGGACACCAAUGGGAAGCAGCGGUUCGCCCUGCAGCCAGGGGACCCCGGCACCGGCCCUCUCAUCCGGGCCAAUCAGGGUCACUCCCUGCAGGUACCUGAGUUGGAGCUGAUGCCCCUGGAGACCCCGCGGGACCUGCCCCCGAUGCUGGUCCAUGGCACAUUCUGGCAGCACUGGCCCUCCAUCCGGCUCAAGGGCCUGUCCUGCCGCGGAAGGACACACAUCCACUUGGCUACAGGACUGCCUGGGGACCCUGGUGUCAUCAGUGGCAUGCGGCCAAACUGCCAAGUGGCCGUGUUCAUCAAUGGGCCCCUGGCCCUGGCAGAUGGAGUCCCCUUCUGCCGAUCUGCGAAUGGGGUGAUCCUGACUCCCGGAAACGCUGAUGGCUUCCUGCUUCCCAAGUACUUCAAAGAGGCCCUGCAGCUACGGCCUACCCGAAAACCCCUCUCCUUGGCUGGUGAUGAAGAGACAGAGUGUCAGAGUGGCCCCCAGCACAGCUCCAGAGGAAGAAGGAUGAGCCAACAAUAAAAUAUUUAUUAAAAAAGGAAAUGUAGAAAGAUUUUUUUAAAAAAAACAAAAACCCUCCAGUUUGAAACCAUCAGUUAUCAUUCUGU